UAUAUAAUUAGUCUUAGUGUUUCCUACCGCCACGGCCGCCGUGCCUCUCUCCAUUUAAUUAUUUUCUUUUCYCUUACAACCGCGCGCGUUAAACCACUAUUCUGGCCAAUCUGUGGCAGCGUCUACGUUCGCCACGGCCCAACCGGGCUGGUGGCGGCUACUUUCUUACCGGCACCUCACACUGGAAUGCCGUGGAAACGACAGGCGGCGUACACUCCGCCACCGAAGAGUAUGUCAUCAAGGGCGGACGUGGCCGCAGUUCGUUGGAGGCGAUUGCACGCGCAGCUGUGGCGCCACUAACAACUAACGCCAGUGCGACAGCGGCAGCCAGUACAUCCUCAACAGCAACAACAACCGCAACAACCAAAAUGAUUGCACCACGCUAUCGUUUUCGCGAUUUAUUGCUCGGCGAUUUCUCAUUCAACGAUGAUGGCGAGAGAGUCCGUGUGGAAUAUUACGUAAACGAAAACACAUUCAAAGAAAGACUGCAACUUUACUUCAUUAAGAAUCAGAGAUCAAGCCUACGAAUACGAAUUGCCGACUUGUUUUUUAAGUUACUAGCAUGUGUUCUGUACAUAUUACGUGUGAUAACGGAUACGAAUCCAACCUUUGCAACGUGUUAUGGCUGCUCAGUGAGCAAUAAAACAGAGUUCCUCGUUUCGGCACAACUAACGGAGGAGGAAUUCCAGGAGAAUCCCAUUAUAAAUUGGGAAGCUAUUUUAUGGGUGAAUCGGCCCACAGUAUUGUGGGCAGCGCAAUUAAUAUUAGCAUUAGUAUCUCUCACAGAGGCCGUACUACUAACAUAUCUAGGCUAUAAGGGUAAUAUCUGGCAACAGAUUCUUUCGUUUCAUUUCAUUCUAGAAUUAAUUACGACAAUACCAUUUGCAUUAACGAUACUAUGGUCGCCUUUAAGAAACUUAUUCAUACCCAUAUUCCUCAAUUGCUGGCUGGCGAAGCGAUCGUUGGAGAAUAUGUUCAACGAUCUACAUCGCGCCAUGCAAAAGUCACAAUCCGCACUCUCGCAGCAACUCACUAUACUAUCCGCCACGCUGCUAUGUCUGGUGUUCACAAGCGUCUGUGGCAUACAGCAUUUUCAACGCGCCGGUCAUCGUCAUUUGAAUUUGUUCCAGAGCACGUAUUAUGUGGUUGUGACAUUCUCAACAGUCGGUUAUGGCGAUUUCGUGCCCGAUAUAUGGCCCUCACAGCUUUAUAUGGUGAUUAUGAUUUGCGUAGCUCUCAUAGUGUUGCCGACGCAGUUCGAGCAAUUGGCCUUCACUUGGAUGGAGCGGCAGAAGUUGGGCGGCAGCUAUUCAUCGCAUCGCGCGCAAAGCGAAAAACACGUCGUCGUCUGCUCGACCACGCUGCACGCGGACACAAUCAUGGACUUCCUCAACGAAUUUUAUGCGCACCCAUUGCUACAGGACUACUAUGUGGUGCUGCUCAGUCCCAUGGAGUUGGACACCACGAUGCGCAUGAUAUUGCAGGUGCCGAUUUGGGCGCAACGGGUCAUUUAUAUUCAGGGUUCUUGUUUAAAGGAUGGCGAUUUGGCACGUGCGCGCAUGAAUGAGGCCGAGGCUUGUUUCAUACUCGCCGCUCGUAACUAUGCCGAUAAGACUGCAGCCGACGAGCACACGAUAUUGCGUUCGUGGGCGGUUAAGGAUUUUGCGCCGAGUGUGCCGCAAUAUGUGCAGAUAUUUCGACCGGAGCACAAGCUUCAUGUGAAAUUUGCGGAGCACGUCGUCUGCGAGGACGAAUUCAAAUACGCGCUGUUAGCCAAUAACUGCACUUGCCCCGGCGCGAGUACGCUGGUCACACUGCUCUUGCACACCUCACGAGGACAGGAAGGUCAACAGUCACCGGAGGAAUGGCAUCGCCUCUACGGCAAGUGUUCCGGCAAUGAGAUCUAUCACAUUGUGCUCGGCGACAGUCGCUUCUUCGGCGAGUACGAGGGCAAAAGCUUCACUUAUGCCAGCUUUCAUUCACAUCGAAAAUAUGGCGUUGCAUUGGUCGGUGUGCGUCCAGCUGAGCUGCCGGAAUUCUACGAGGACACCAUACUGCUGAAUCCGGGGCCGCGGCAUAUCAUGAAGAAGGACGACACAUGCUAUUAUAUGAGCAUAACAAAGGAGGAGAAUUCGGCCUUUGUUGUCAAUCAAAAUCAGAAUCAAAAUUUGGAUACGCAAGCGACGACAAAGGACGGUGCAACUGAUAAUCUAACGUCUGUGAUAAUCUCCGAUUCGAAGCAGAAUCUCAAGGAUACAACGGUGACAUCGAUGAAUGCAACGCAAACACCCUCGGCCACGACAACAACCACCGUCACCACAACGAUACCGCCAAUGUUGGGCGGCAACGGCUUAGGCUACAGCGGUGGCAGCAGUAGUGGUGGUGGCGGUGGCGGCGGCGGCGUCGGUCUGAGUGUUGCAACCGCCACAUUAACGACCAGCAAUCACUUGGAUGUGCCGCAAGCGGGGAAUCCAAAUCUGCUCAGCCCCGAUGUGCUCAAUCAGCGUAGAGGCAGUCGUCGCCCAUCCAUAUUACCCGUACCGGACAUGUUCACCUCAUCAUCGUUCAGCAUAUCAGGCAAUGACGACGGCGAAGAAGGCGAUGAGAGCGAAGAUGAAAUUGACGAUGAUGUGCCGUGGCGAUCGCCAUCUGAGAAAAUAGCCAUCGUCAAGGGUUUCCCGCCCGUCUCGCCGUUCAUCGGUGUUAGUCCGACGCUUUGUUACUUGCUCAAGGAGAAAAAACCAUUGUGCUGUCUGCAGCUGGCACAGGUGUGCGAGCACUGCAGCUAUCGCAAUGCCAAGGAGUAUCAAUGGCAAAACAAGACGAUUAUUCUGGCAGCGGAUUAUGCAUCGAACGGCAUUUACAACUUUAUCAUACCGUUACGUGCGCACUUUCGUUCGAAAACGUCAUUAAAUCCGAUUAUAUUGUUGUUGGAGCGUCGACCGGAUGUGGCCUUUCUCGAUGCACUCUCCUACUUUCCGCUGGUAUAUUGGAUGCUCGGUUCUAUCGACUGCUUGGACGAUCUGCUGCGCGCCGGCAUCACCUUAGCCGAGAGUGUGGUGGUGGUGAACAAGGAACUGUCCAACUCGGCGGAGGAGGACUCGCUGGCCGAUUGCAACACCAUCGUCGCCGUACAGACAAUGUUCAAAUUCUUUCCGAGCAUCAAGAGCAUAACCGAACUCUCGCAGAGCUCAAACAUGCGUUUCAUGCAGUUCCGUGCGCAUGACAAAUAUGCGCUACACCUGAGUAAAAUGGAGAAGCGCGAAAAGGAGCGCGGCUCUCAUAUUUCCUACAUGUUUCGUCUGCCUUUCGCUGCCGGCGCCGUUUUCAGCGCUUCCAUGUUGGACACACUGCUCUAUCAGGCGUUCGUCAAGGACUAUGUGAUCACAUUUGUGCGCCUGCUGCUGGGCAUCGAUCAGGCGCCAGGCAGUGGCUUUCUGACAUCGAUGCGCAUCACCAAAGACGACAUGUGGAUACGCACCUAUGGUCGUUUGUAUCAGAAACUCUGCUCGACGACUUGUGAAAUACCGAUCGGCAUUUAUCGUACUCAGGACACAUCAAAUACGGAAGCGUCACAUGUGAGUAAUUCACCUGUAGAGAAGUGGGGACCGUUUUCCGCUUUCGGAAAGCACUGUGUGCGCUUGCGACCAUCGUACGACGAAGAAGCGGGUACACCCGAUUCGACGAAGGACAGCAGCGAAGUCCUUCGUGGCGUUACCUACCGACCGCCAUCGGCCUCUGGUCAUCAUCAUCAAAGCCAUCCAUCACAACACAAGUCGACCACCUGUCUGGGUGGCUGUUCGGAACGGAAGGGUUCAUCAUCUUCUAUGUUUUUUCAGUACUCGAUCAAUUUGGCCGACGAGGCGCGCAACAAUCAUGCGCAACAAAUCGAACGCGCCGAGAUCGCGAAUCUGGUGCGCAGUCGCAUGGAAUCGUUGAAUCUGCCGACAAUCGACUAUGACGACGUGAGCGAGAAGCGCAAUCAUCUAUCGUAUGUGAUAAUCAAUCCGAGCUGUGAUCUGAAGUUGGAGGAGGGCGAUGUCAUCUACUUGGUGCGGCCGUCGCCGUUUUCAGCGCAGAAAACCUUCGAACGUCACAAUUCACGCCGCAAAUCAAACAUAUCCUUCUGUUCGAACAUCAAUUUGGGUGCCGCAUGCGGUCCAACCGUUAGUGCCGCUGCUGGUGCGGGUUCGCGUCGUGGCUCCGGCAUAGCUGGACUGAAUCCGAUGCAAAUGCAAAGCGUACAGACGUUGGCCGGGUAUGGUUCGCCACGCUGCUCGCCGCCCAUACAACAAAUUAAAUCCAAUUCUCUUUCUCUACCCGACAGUCCGACGGUUGUUGGCACACAGCGCGGCCGGAGCAAUUCAUUGCGGAUCGACAAUGAUAUUUUGCUAAGGCGUUCCUCAUCAUUGCGGCAAGGCUUACCCAGUGUUGGUGUUAGUCAUGGCCGACGAAAAUCCUCGUUAGAGGAGAUCGGCAUUAGCCAUUUUACGACGCUAAUGCAAGCAACGAAUCACACGAAUCCCAUUAAAAUUGCACUCAACGGCAGUAUAGGACUGGAGUCCACACCUAACUCUUUGUACUUUCAAUAUCAGGUCACACCACCCGAAGAACCAACACCCAUACUAGGCGUACCCUGCAUAGUGGCCGGUGGUCCCGGCGGUGGUAUUAAUCCCUCGGCGCUAGGUGGUGCCACCCUAUGCGGCGGCUCAUCACUGGCCAUCAAUACUGCCGAUUUGGGCGCAUCACCCACAUCGAGUAACAAUAAUUCACCGCUACAAGUGCCACAACAGGAUUCACAACAAUCCGGACCAAUGCAAUCACCGCAACAUUUACAAGGGACAAUUGUAUGAUACAACCUUAUGUGGGGUCGCAGACUCCGCUCGUCGAUAUCGAAGAAAAAUAAAUGGAUAUAAUAUAAGUAGAAAUCGGAGCGGUGCUAAGGUGUCUAAACGUCCACACGACGUGACGAUGACGAUGACGAUGAAGAUGACGUCACAAUGCCACGAAUGUCGGCUAUCGUUACUGCAGCGGAGUCCAAAGCAAAAGACGAGUAGUUAGGCGAACACAGCUCACACACCGAAGCACGUACGUAGUUAACUGCAGCAGAGAUAGCAACAAAGUAGUUUCGCACAUCAUGUACAUAUGUAUAUGUAGAUUAUUAACUGUAGCGUAAGUGGGAAAACACUUAAUAUUGUCGAAUCGGACUUCAGGAGUAUGAUCGUUUGCAACUGCGUUAAACGUGCAACGAUUUCAAAAUAUAUAUGUAUGUAUAUCUAAUCACUUAGCUUAAGUUUCGUUUGUAGUGAUCAGCUGAUCAGCUGUAAAUAAUGCGACUCGUUCAAUUGUAGUA